GUUUUUAAUCGAAAAUUGAUCUCAUUGAGCUGGAAUUAAAAACUGCGUAGAAUAUGGAUUAAACUAAAAGGAAAGCGAAGCAAAAACUAAAUUUUACAAUAAAAAUACUAUUGCAAAGAAAACGUUUUGUUAUUGCCCAUAAAAUGACAACAAAUUCCAAUAAUAGCACAGACUUGUAUUUGAGACCUUUACCAUAUUUGGAUACCAAAUGGGUGCGUGCCGAUCUAAUAGCCAGUCUACGAAACCCCGAAGAUGCCGCCAUAUUGUGGAAUAAUCUAAUACAGGACUGUGAAUUAGUUUCAUCUGCCACCGGGGCUGUACUGAAUGCAGCUGGUAAUUUGUCUUACUUGGGAGAUGAUGGCAAACACUAUUGCGGUGUGCAAAAACUACAAUGUUCUUGUUGUCCCAACGACUAUUGUGGUCCCUUGUCGGCCUGUAAUUGUAGUGCUUGCCAUACUUUGGAUUCGGAUGCGACAAUUAAAAAAAUCACCACUGCAGCUCAGGCUGCGGCCGUGGCAGCCCAACGUAUUGCCAGCGAUGCCAUCUUUGAGUCUUGGCUAUGGGGUCAAACACCCAAUAAUUCAGCUAAAGUUGAGUGUCAAAAAACCUUACUCAAUGAAUUGCAUGAGAUUUCUUUGCAAGCUGCUGGCAAUUGUAUGUCUUCAAUACAUUUGCGCCAGCAAUUGUUUAUCUAUGAACGGUAUUUCGUGUCUCUGGCCAGAUGCAAACAACAACAUCAGCAACAACAACAGCAGCAGCAACAAGCCCAAAUGCAACAACAACAAACCUUAGACAUACCCCUACUACAGCCACCCUCUAACUCGAAUAAUCCAUUUUUAAAUCCAAUCGAUAAAAAUAUGAAUAAAUUUCAAGAUGACAGUCGCUUAUCCGGCCGAGAACGUUUUGCCAAAUAUGCUCAACAGUCAUCGCAGGAAUUACGUUCGCCUGUGCGUGAUAGUGAACGUGCCACCUUGGGUUUGGCUAGAGUUUGUACACGGGCUGCUUUGAAUUUUUCAUUUUUCUUUUUGCGUCGUGCUUGGCGUUCUGGCGAGGAUACGGAAAUGUGCAGUGAAUUGUUGUGUGAGGCAUUGGAAUCUUUGCAGGAUCUACCGGAAGCUUUGCUAUUCGAUACAUCUCAGGUUUCACCUCUUUGGAUCGAAGUUUUGGAACGUUCAAUUAAAUUUCUACGUCAAGUAGCCUUGGGCGAUCCCAUGGGAACUCGCUGUACAGCGCCCAAAGAAGAUCGUCACACUGCCCUAUGCCUAUUACUCGAGCUAGGUGCUCAAAAGGGCAGUUUAGCCGCCACCCUAGAAGCUGUUGUCCUACUUCUAACGCUUUGGGAUAAAGAUAAAGCUACCGAUGACAACCGUGAUGUGCCGCAAAAUGCUGGAGCUCCUUUGGUGCCCAUACUUAAACGUUACGAAGCCAUUGGGAACUAUGGUCUAACAACAAAUACGGCUCCGGACAUUUUACCAUCCAGUGCUACCGAAUGUUUUUUACGUUUUCUUACGUUACCCGAACAAGAGACGGCAAAUGUAGACUUGAAACAAGCAGCUGUUGUUAUCAUAUCCCACUUGGAUCGUUUGGCCAAGCCACAUAUGCCUACAGGACAUUCCAUACAAAUGCCAACAAACUUUGCCAUGAAUAUCAACAAUAAGACUUCAAAUGGAUCGUGUGGCAAAGCCACCUCGCUGCCCAAUCAAAAUUCUCAAGAAAGUGUUACCACCUCUAAUAAUAACAAUAAUUUGUCGGCCAGCAGCACUCCCCAGCUACAUGAGCAGCGUAUAUAUGCCUUGGGCUGGCUGUCAUUGAAUCCAAAUCAAUACGGUUUCACUGCAGAACCAGCAGUUGGUAUACCCCCACCGGGUGUUAACAAUAUAUGUUCGCAGUAUUCGGCUCCUGUUUUGAAUUUCUAUUUUCAAGUUCAGCAGGUGGUCAUAUCCGAGGAAUAUGUGCUAUUUUUAACUCAAGAUGGUAAAAUGUAUACAUGGCGCAUUUCAAAGCCGGAAACAGAGCCCAUGUUAAUUGAGGAAUUGGCAGAAACACAUAUUAUAUCGGUGGCAGCGCAUUGCGAGGGUCGUCAUUACUUGGCUGUGGACAGUAUGGGUAAUGCUUAUUCCUGGGGUAAUGGUGUAGGCGGUCGUUUGGGUCAUGGUGAUACUCUGCCUAGAGAACAUCCUACCAAAAUCAACACCUUAGAGAGAUCGGUUAAAUCGAUUCAUGUAGGUUGCACUUAUAGUGCAGCCAUUACCUAUAACGGCACUUUGUUUAGCUGGGGGCGUGGCACUUAUGGACGUUUGGGUCACGGCAAUUCCGAUGAUAAACUACUACCCACUCAGGUGGCUGCUUUAGCUGAGCAUAAAAUAGUUGAUGUUGCUUUGGGCAGUGGAGAUGCCCAUACUUUGGCUGUUACCGCUGCAGGUUUGGUUUAUGCUUGGGGUGAUGGAGAUUUUGGUAAACUAGGAAAUGGUUCAUGCAAUGGCUCUCAGUUGCCACAACUUAUUGAGACUUUACCCCGGGUACAGCGUGUAUUUGCAGGAUCUCAAUUCUCGGUGGCCUUAACGUGUGAGGGAAAACUCUAUUCCUGGGGUAAAGCUAGCGGCGGACGUUUGGGCCACAAUCAACUCGACAAACAAGUACAAUGCUUGAGUACUCCAAAACUUAUUAACAAUUUACAAUCAAAAAUCAUCAUAGAUGUGGCCAUAGGCGUUUCUCAUUGCUUAGCAUUAAGUUCGAGUGGUGAAGUAUUUGGUUGGGGACGCAAUGACUACCAACAAAUAUGUCCCUCAUCGAUAUGCCGAGAUCCUUUAGUCAAACAACCCAUAUUGGCUACUCAUCCCUCGGUAUAUGCUUUUGGCAUUGCAUGUGGCGCCGCCCAAAGUAUCAUCUGGAGUCAAACAUCUAUACAGGGUAUACCUUCUCGUAUACCUUUCGUCAUAGAUCUAAGUGAACAUACGUUUCGUUUACUGGAUCAAUUGUUGGGUAUGGUGUGUGGCCAAGAUUCCAAUAAUCGCCAAACACCCAACCAAGAAGCUGAAUGUGUGGCAGUGGCUUGUUUGAAUCUAUUAAGGCUUCAGCUACAUGCUUUAAUAGCUAAUGGUGUUACUCCAAAAUCAGUGGGUCUGUCAGAAGGUUCUCGUCUUUUGGUGAGUUUGAAAACCAGAAUCUUAAGUUUGGCUGGCGGAGCAAAUGUCUUAAAAACCAUGCAAGAAGCUGCCCAAUGGGCUUUACAAGUAGGCUGGAGUGUUUUAUUGCCUACUGCUUCGGAACGAGCACAAACUUUAACCUCCCUUCUGCCCUCAGAACCUGGUAUAUCUACUGCAGGUCAUCGGUUUAUGACUGAUUUAUUGGUGGGUUCCUUAAUGGCCGAAGGAGGUUUGGAAACAGCUUUAAAACAAGCCAUACGUUUGGAAUCCAAUGAUUGUGCCGACAAUGGCCACAAUCUGCCCCUGCUACAUCUUAUUAAGCAAUUAUUGCGCAACAAUUCAGCCCUGACUCAAGCCAAACUAACACAACUUCUCUUGAGCACCGGCAUUGUUAAACCUGAGGAAGAGAAUCCUUCGCUCUCAUCUUUAUCCAUUUUACAUUCACAAGAACACUCAAGUCCGAGUUUAGAUCUGUUACAUCGUUUUCAACGUCUUCUAUUCUCCCAUAUACAUCAGAGUCCUAAAACAGAAGAUCUUAUUGGUGCUGAACUUUUGCUAAGCAAAUAUCUACAAAGUGCUGUUAGUCUCUGUAUACAUUCCCUACAAAAAGCCCAUGAAAUUGCUUUGCAAGGCAAAGAAGGUGUGGCUGAUAUUCUAAUGACUGAUAUUUCCGAUACUCUACUCUAUGAAUUGCUAGUUGGCCUUAUAAUACUGAAACGGGAUAGAGCUAAUUUAAUGCCUGCAUUCGAUUGGUCCCAUCACUUUGUACCCCUGCUACAUGCUUUGGACAAUUUGAAUCGUCUUAUAUGUGAUAGUGAUAUACAAGACUCCGAUGAUUUGGGCUGGCCAGGCAUUAUAUGUCGCGGUAAUCUUAAAAAUACCACUUCCACCACACAGCCCGAAGAGUUGUUGUUAAUAAGGAAACAUGAUUUUGAAAAUCAAAUAUUGGAUGGCGGUAAAUGGAUCAUUAUAAAUGGUUAUGUCUGUGAUCUUAAUGACUAUCAAAAUGAAGUGGCAUCGCUAAAUGAAUUUCUCGAGGACAGCAUUGGCAAGGAUCUCUCCUCGGAAUUAAAUAACUCAACUUAUCGCUCGUGUUUAGAAUUUAUAUUAAAUCAUCAUAAAGUGGGACGCUAUGCUCCCAAUAUAAGUGAAGAAAAGCCUCAUUUGCAACAAAGUAAAGUUCUUACCCACUUCAAUUCCGAAAGGUCUUUAGCCUACUUAUUAGGUCUAGUGGCCAAUACGCUGCAAAUUGGUCCACCGGCCCAGCCAGCCGAGUUACAAUGUAAAACCAUCAUAAAAUCAAGUAUCUUAAGAGGUGGCCUACAAGUUUUACAACCCAGUAAUCCAUUUGAUGAGGAAAAAGGUGAGGCACGCAGUAGUGCUAGUACGGCUGGCAGUACACCUACAGAGCCACCGGUUCAUGCUAUAGCCACUGUGGGUGUAAUGCAAACAUCGGCCAAUAACAUACAACAACGCAUUGAGACCUUAGUAUCUGGUCUAUCAGAUGGCCGUUUAACGGAUCCCUUAGUCGUCACUUGGAUGACUAUAUCCGAACGUUUUUGCAAGGAUAACAAUUUAAUAUGGCAUCAGGAAUUUCCACCAGAACACCCGGUACAAGAGUUAGAACGUCUUCUAACCGCUGUUCUCAUCAGGCAUCAAAGUUUAGGCGGUCUAAUACUUUCAACCAUUGAAAAAGAAUUGACUGGCGUAACAGCUGCUAAUUCGAUUUAUAAGUUGCCAAAGCAAAUUGCGGAAAUAAUACGUUUGAUUUAUCAAACUAAAUGGUCGGUGGUACGUAUAAGGCAGCAGCUAAAUCGUAGUUAUAAGGAGGUAUGUGCUCCCAUGUUGGAACGUUUACGUUUCCUGCUGUAUGAAAUAAGGCCGGCUGUGAGCCUAGAACAAGAGGGUUUAAGAAAACUGUCGAUACUCCACAAAUUGCCGCGCUUUAAACAAAUUGUACGCAAAAUCAUAGCGGAAAUGCGUGUGGCUAAGAAGCAAUUGGUGUGCGCAAAGCCGGAGGAUAUUUUAAAUGUAACAAUACAGAGUCAAAAUGUAGCACAAAAGUUGCAAUCACAAUCACAAGAAUCUCUUUUGGAAGCCAGUUUAUCUGUUAGCAUUGAUAAAAACUCUACAUUAGCUACCGAUGCUUCGCUUAUGCCGAUUGCAACAGUUCAAAUUCCAUCACCUCUUACCAAUCAUCCAUCUAAUGAAAAUCUUCUAGAUGGCAGUGAUAACAAUCUUAUAUUAUCUGAACGAAAAACCUCAAACGAAGAAAUCAAAUUUCAAGCAAGUGAUCUUGAUUUCGAUGAUAAAAAACCAGAACAAGAACCCCGACUUAGUAACGAUGUUAUACGUAAACUUUGUGAGAAAUGGUAUUUUUCUGGUGACUUAAAUACUCAAUUAAUGAAUGAAAUUGUCGAAUUUGUAAUGCAAGAAAUCUGUGAUGUUGAGACGGUACGUCGAGCCAUGUACUGUCAAGUGCAACGCUAUCAAAUACGUCGCCAAGGCUUGGAAAUGUUCCACACCAUUUUGCAGGUGAAUGGUCUUAUGGAUGCGGUAAAAUACAAUAUGUUGAGUGGUUAUUUAGGUUUACACCUGAAGGGUUAUAAGCAUACUACCACAAAUAUAUUGGAUGAUGUUGGCUCCAUAACAGCUUUCCAGAAAGCGAAUUUAAUCUUGGCUCAGGCUCGUAUUUUAGAAUGGGCCGUACAAGAAUUGCAAAGACUGGUUAAUCAAGAACAAAUACAUUUAAAAUCGAAACACAUUAACGCUGGCAAGGAUAAUACCAAUUUGGGUACUUAUGUGUUUUUGAAAAAAUUACCCAGAGCCAGAUUUCUUUUAAGUAUAUUUGGUAUAUUGGCUAAGGAUAUAGGAGCUAAUGAACUUAGUUUACUUGUCAAUUCGGGAACAUUGGGUACAGUAUUGGGCUUACUAAGCCAAACGGGAGGCGAUGUGCCAGCUGUUAAAAACACCUAUGAAUUGUCCACAGUUUAUGAGGAUACAAUUCUUAAGCAAAAAUCCAAUAAAGCAAAUUUAACUGGACCAGAAUUGGCAAAACUAAUGAAAAUUGGUACAAGAAUUGUUAGAGGAGCCGAUUGGAAGUGGGGUGAUCAAGAUGGUAAUCCACCGGGAGAAGGAAGAAUCAUAAGUGAAGUGGGUGAAGAUGGUUGGGUGCGUGUUGAGUGGUACACCGGUGCCACAAACUCUUACCGCAUGGGCAAGGAGAAUCAAUACGAUUUACGUUUAGCUGACAGUGCUUUAAAUAUUGUUUCUCCCGAUUCAGAGACUGAAAAAGAUGAAAUUGCCACAGAUUCUUCAUUGAAUGGUGAAUCUCAUCCUACAAAAUUACUACGUUAUGCCUGUACGAAACUGUUGCAAAUCGUAUCGGUGGGUAUUGGUUUACAUUCCGAAAAAAUGGACAAGAAUGCUGUACGUGGCAUAUCGUCCAUGUUUCGAGCUAUUCUAAAUCCAGACUCUACUUUGGCCAAUAUUUGCGGUUUGGAUAAUUGGACAACUUUGGGUUUCCUUAAGGCGAUUGCGGGAGAAUCUUCAAUAUUAUCCAAGUAUUUAACAUCACGCAUUUGGAUUGAUUUCUACAUAAACUUGUUAGAACAGCCCACAGUUCGUGAACAAGAUGUUUUUCGUAAAAUUCAUUGCUUGCGUUUACUCCAAAUAGUCCUGAUUCAUUGGAUCGAUGAAGGCGAUCUGCCACAAAUGACCUCUCUAGUACGACAAAUAUUCUCUACUUUGGGUAAAAUAACACUAUAUUGCCCCAAUGAUUCGUCGUUGUUGCAAACUACAACUGAAAACAAACCACGGAUACUUUUGACCGCCUCUCACUCGGGCACCGUAGCCGAAGAGAUUAUAACAUUGCUGAGAAAAUUACACACUCUACCCAUAUGGAAUUCGGCAAUCAAUUCGUUUCUUUCACAAAAACUUUGUGUGGCAGCGGAAUUAUUUGGGGAAGAUGGUUUGGAUUUGCAGCAUUUGGAAAACGAGUAUAUAUUUGUAAUGGGAGUUUUAACAACCAUUGGUGGCUGUGAUAUACGGCCAAGAGUGGGUUUACAGGUUUGCCAUGAAGGCACUACAGCUACUAUAUAUGGAUUUACCACAAAGGGAAAAUGCCUCUUGAGCACGGACAAUCAAUCGUUAAAUGGGGAAUGCAGAAAGAUCUCCUUAAGUGCCGCUUUGGAGAGUGCAGAUUAUUCGGUAUUUAGUUUAUCACGUUUGCCCAUGAAUGAAAUGUUGCUGAAUUCCUGGUCGGUGUUAUUAUACGGUCCUGGAGAACGCAAGGAAUCUGUGCCGAAUAUUAUAGACAUAAGUUUACUACGUUCACAGCAAAUACAGUUGUCGGUUUUGAACUCCAAUUGUGUCCUCUACAGACAUCAGACUUCAUUGAGAAAGAUAUUAAAACAAAGAUCACCGGGUAUGUGCUCGUAUUCAUCGGAAGAAAGCGUUUCGGAGGAAGAACAGGCUCAAAAAUCAGCCAGCAAUGUUGAACAACAUAGUCAACAUGAUGUGAAUAAUGAAGAACCCUGUAAUAGUUCCUUUGUUGGUGCUAACGACACUGAAUUACUUAUACAAAGCAUACUCAUACGGGCCACUCAACCAUCUCCAGUCAAAGCCUGCUACACUUAUAGUGAAUUGGCUACCGCCGCUCUUAAUUGUUCCCAGGUUUUAGCAUCACAAGUACACUCAGAACUUAAUGAACUGACCUCCUCCACAUCACGUUUAGGUGGUCUGAUGCCAACUAUGCAACCCACCAUGAUACAUGGUACCCCCAUCUACAAUAUGGGUGUUUAUGAUGAAGCUACUGGCACCUCAAAUCCCUCCAAUCCCACAAAUUUAGAAUUAAAAGAAGCUGACACCUCUAUCAAUACUUCGGCAUCAUUAAUAUCGCAAAUCAUGGAAAUGGGCUUUAGUAAAAAAUCUGUGGAAUUGGCCGUAAAACAACUUACCAUCUAUCCCAUGACACCAACACCCGAGCAAAUAGUUCAGUGGAUAUUAGAACAUCCCGAUAUUUGUAAUAAUACUAUCGAUCCGGUUGACUAUAACGAUCCCAUUGAGAUAAUGGGUCAUUCGUCAUCCGAUGCUUCUUUGCCCCAACAGCAAAAGUUAACUUCCUUGCAAGAUCCAGAAUGUGACAUCGAUAAUGAAAGUGUUGACACCAGUUCCGAUACUGUGGAGGGUUCUUCGAUACAAGACCAACCUUUUAAAUACGAGAGUAGACUAGAUUUUGAAACCGCCGAUCAGUAUGCCAUGUACGUAAGAGGUCUCGUGUGCCCAGGCAUGAUUGUACGUUGUUGUCGCAAUUUUGAGGAGCUAAAAAGGGGAGAUAUUGGCACUGUGUUAAAAGUGGAUACGGAGGGUCUAAAUGAUCUAAACGUGCAAGUUGAUUGGCAAUUACAUGGCACCACUUAUUGGGUCUGUUUUGUGCACAUAGAACUUCUGGAAAAGCCCGUAGAAAAAACAUCUUCUUCAACGGCUAUGAAUUUGGAAAGACAGUCAUCGCAAAUUGUCAUUGGUUCUCAGGUGCGCAUGAGAGCUGCACCACGCUAUAAAUGGGGAAAUGUAAUGCGAGGCAGUGUGGGAACCGUCACCGCUGUAUGUGGCAAAAAUGUUAGUGUUGAUUUUCCUCAACAUCCAGGCUGGAAGGGUUCGGUUAAUGAUAUAGAAACGGUGGGAACAUCGGUUCAGGGCAGUACUCUUUUGGGAUUCAAUAGUCUUUCAGCACCAGCAACUUCGGAUCUUAUUGAAGAUUGGUCGCGUUGCAUACGUUCUUUGAGCGUGUCUUCAAAUGAAGUGACUGCUAAACAUUUACUUGAUCGUAGUCCCAACUGCUGGCAAAGUUCUUCUAGCACCCAGGGUAAACAUUGGAUACGUUUGGAAAUGCAUGAAAAUGUCUUAGUACACAGUCUUUCCAUCACUGUUAGUCCCUCGGACCAUUCGCACAUGCCUUCGUUGGUGGUAACACGCGUAGGAGAUAGUAUUGGCAAUUUGAAAGAAUAUUCCUGGAUAUCGAUUAAAAAUACAGACACUACAGUGGCUCUUAUGACUGAUGUAAGACAAUAUUAUCCUUGGAUUGAGAUAGUUAUAAAACAAUGUCGUAAUAAUGGCAUACAAUGUAAAGUUCAUUCUUUGAAUAUAAUUGGUAGACGCAAACAAACUGAUUUGGAUUUAAUGCUUAUGAAUGCUUCGUUCUUGGCUUGUGAAUAUGAUAGCUUGUCUGAUUCGAAUCAAAACCUUUCCUUAUCAUCUUAUGCUGAUCCGAAAUUAUCUUUAAGUGAUCCGCCUUGCACCGUAAUGGUAUGGGGUUUAAAUGACAAAGAACAAUUGGGCGGCUUAAAGGGUUCCAAGGUAAAAGUGCCCACUUUCUCACAAACCAUAAGUCGUUUGAGGCCUAUACAUAUAGCCGGUGGCUCUAAAUCUCUAUUUAUAGUUUCACAAGAUGGUAAAGUUUAUGCUUGUGGAGAGGGAACUAAUGGUAGAUUGGGUUUGGGUACUAGUGCUAACAUUUCGGUACCACGUCAAAUUCCAGUCUUACAUCAAUAUGUUGUCAAGAAGGUGGCCGUUCAUUCGGGUGGCAAACAUGCUUUGGCCCUUACUCUAGAUGGAAAAGUGUUUUCUUGGGGCGAAGGAGAGGAUGGCAAACUGGGCCACGGUAAUCGUCUGACUAUGGACAAACCCAAAAUGAUUGAAUCUCUAAGAUCUAAGAAGAUACGAGACAUUGCUUGUGGCUCUUCUCAUAGUGCUGCAAUAACAUCAGCCGGUGAACUGUAUACUUGGGGCUUAGGGGAAUACGGCCGUUUGGGACAUGGCGAUAAUGCUACCCAAUUGAAACCUAAACUUGUGGCUGGCUUAAGUGGUAAACGCGUUAUACAAGUAGCCUGUGGAAGUCGAGAUGCACAAACGUUGGCUUUAACUGAAGAUGGUGCAGUGUACUCCUGGGGUGAUGGUGAUUUUGGUAAAUUAGGUAGAGGUGGUUCAGAAGGUUCAUCGGUGCCUCACGAAAUCGAACGUUUAACCGGUAUUGGUGUCAUACAAAUUGAGUGCGGUGCCCAAUUUAGUCUGGCCUUAACGCGCACAGGCGAAGUGUGGACUUGGGGAAAGGGAGACUACUACCGUUUGGGUCAUGGCAGUGACCAGCACGUGCGUAAACCACAACCCAUACAAGGUCUACGAGGACGAAAAGUUAUACAUGUAGCCGUAGGAGCUUUACACUGUUUGGCUGUAACAGAUACCGGUCAGGUUUAUGCCUGGGGUGAUAACGAUCAUGGCCAGCAGGGUUCCGGCAAUACUGUGGUCAAUAAAAAACCUGCUCUAGUCAUUGGUUUGGACUCGGUUUUCGUAAAUCGUGUAGCCUGUGGCAGUUCUCAUUCUAUUGCUUGGGGCUUGCCACAGUCACCGUCGGAGGAUGAAAAGAAAGGCCCUGUACCAUUUGCUACCACCAAGGAUCCUUUGGGUGGCACCAGUUUGGGAAUAUAUGAUGCUGAACCAGUUACUACCACAACAUCAUCAUCCAUUAGUUCGGCCACCAACAAUUCCGUAAAAGUCAGUUUGAGUGAAACUUUGUUGAAUCUUGAAACAAACGGUGCUCGCCAGACCGCUUUGAACUAUGUACUCAAUGCCAUGAGUAUUUUGCAGGCCCGCCAACUAAUUGUGGCCGCCUUAACCAGCCACAGUAAGGUUAACUUGAACGAACGGGUAAGCAGUGAUAUCGAACACGAUUAUGGCACAUUCAGAGAGAAUUCUGGACAUAACAAUAAUGCCCAACAGCAAAUUAACAACAAUGCGAAUGAUAUUAUAGCACAGGGAGGAGGAGAAGCUUUGGCGGAUGCCACUGAUCCAGCAGUACACGAACCCUCACCCGAGGCCGAUAUUCAACCAGCACCAGCGGGACCUUUAAGUGCUUUCCAGAGUUUGACAGGUUCCCUAUCACUUUCGGCUUCUUUGUCCAGUGCCGCACCCCACAAACACUCGAAAAUGUCGGCUAGUGCCAUGUCAGUGAUGGCGGCCACCAUGACCAAUCAGGAGGAAAUGAUAAAUGAGACUUCUUUAACCGGCUUAGAUGAUUUUACUUCCCUGCUGGGUGAAUCAGAGGCUAAAAGUUUGGUAGAAUUAUUGAAACUAAGUGUGGCUGGUAGAACAGGACCUUCGAGUACUUCACAGACAAUAGCGGAGACAUUAAUAGCUUUGGGUUCCAACAGUCCUUCCAUAGGAUCUAUGCUAUUGGAAACCUGUAUAACCGAAUUGGAAGAUCUGUGCACUUCACGCCAUAGUUUGGGAAAAGUUCCCAAGCCGGUAAUGCAAGAGAGCAGCCAUCCUUAUGUUGAUAAUGUGAACACCAACGGUCAUGUUAAAAUACCGGGAGCUGAGGCCUUACGUUUGGAAUUUGAUUCGAAUUGCUCUACCGAAAAACGCAAUGACCCCUUGGUUAUAAUGGAUGGUUCGGGACGUAUAAUUGCUAUGAGAUCAGGACGAGAAUUUGCCCACUGGGCCUCAGAGAUACGCAUACCAGGAGAUGGAAUGCGUUGGAAAUUCACUUCCGACAGCUCGGUAAAUGGUUGGGGUUGGCGUUUUUGGGUUCAUGCCAUAAUGCCGGCUUCUUUGAUGAACGAACGGGGCUCCGAUAGAGCUGUGCUCUCACAGCCAUCUAUGCCAUUGGUGAUGGCUUUGUUAGAUGAGCGUUUGAGUCCCAACAACAGCAGCGUGUUAUUGCGCUUAGCAGCUGCCUUAGCAUCCUGUGCUCAAUUGAAUUCUUUAACCACUGCACAACGUAUAUGGUCUUUAAAACGUUUACAUGCAGUAUUACUCUCGAAAUAUGCGCCCAAACCCUUAGAUGCAUCUCUGAACCCCAUACUUAUGCCUUUGAUACCGGAACUUUUGCGUCAAUACGAAUAUGAAGAACCUCAAGUGAGAGGCGGCAUACACCUCAUGCACUCCGAUUACUUUAAAACCUUGGCAGCUUUAGCAUGUGACAUGCAAUUGGACUCGGUGUUACCGCCAUCUGAUGUCCAUAAAUGGGCUUGGUUUAAGAGAUAUUGUAUUGCUGUACGAGUGGCUCAGUCAUUGAUUAAAAGAAACGAUUUGCCCAAGGCAUUUUGUAUGGAAGUACGCAAGAAAUUUGCCGAAAUGAUGCCCCAACCACAAAUACAUACACCGCAAGCUGGUGGCUCAAUGAUGAACUCUACCACAUCGAUAGGAUCCUCAACAAGUACAGCUAGUAAUCCUACACCCUCUCCACAACCUUGUCUACCCGGCUGUUCUUCUUCCUCGAAUAUAGUAAAUACUUUAACACCCAGCACUAGCAGUUUGAUACAGUACAUUGACACGGUGAUGACAUUGUCUUUGCACGAAAAUAUGGCUUCAUGUGGUGCAGGUCCUUGUGCCUCAAAUGCAGCUGCAGAAACUAUACAGUUUAUGCAUGAGGAUCAUAAUCUCUUUAAAGGCGAUCACGACAGCCAGCUUUUGCAAUGGCUCAAUAGACGCCCAGAUGAUUGGGCUUUGUCGUGGGGAGGUGCAAGUACCAUCUAUGGCUGGGGUCAUAAUCAUCGUGGCCAAUUGGGAGGUUUAGAAGGAAGUCGCAUUAAAACUCCCACACCUUGUGAAGCUCUAAGUUUACUGAGGCCCGUACAAUUGGCCGGAGGAGAACAGACAUUAUUUGCUGUUACACCUGAUGGAAAACUCUUUGCCACUGGCUAUGGUUGCGGUGGUCGUUUGGGUGUGGGAGGUACUGAUUCAUGGGCUGUGCCUACACUGGUUGCUUCUUUGCAACAUGUGUUUGUCAAAAAGGUGGCGGUAAAUUCGGGUGGUAAACACUGCUUGGCUUUGACCACCGACGGCGAAGUGUAUUCAUGGGGUGAAGGAGAAGAUGGUAAAUUGGGACACGGCAAUCGUAUGAGUUAUGACCGCCCUAAACUGAUAGAUGAUCUAACCGGCAUAGGUAUAGUAGAUAUUGCCUGUGGCAGUGCUCAUUCAGCUGCAAUAACUUCUUCGGGUCACGUCUUGACCUGGGGCAAAGGUAGAUAUGGCCGUUUGGGUCAUGGCGAUUCGGAAGAUCAACUGAGACCAAAAUUAGUUGAAGCCUUACUGGGUUACCGAGCCAUAGAUAUAGCCUGUGGUUCUGGCGAUGCUCAGACAUUGUGUAUAACGGAUGACGAUAACGUUUGGAGUUGGGGUGAUGGUGAUUAUGGCAAGCUAGGCCGUGGUGGCUCUGAUGGUUGCAAAGUUCCUGUGAAAAUCGAAAGUUUAUCCGGUUUGGGUGUAAUUAAAGUGGAAUGCGGUUCGCAGUUUUCGGUGGCCCUAACAAAAUCUGGAGCAGUCUACACCUGGGGCAAAGGCGAUUUUCAUCGUUUGGGCCAUGGUACCGUGGAUCAUGUGAGACGUCCCAAAAAAGUCGCUGCAUUACAAGGUAAAAAAGUUGUUUCUAUAGCUACCGGGUCGUUGCAUUGUGUAGCCUGUACGGAUAGUGGUGAAGUGUUUACUUGGGGUGAUAAUGAUGAAGGCCAGCUGGGAGAUGGCACAGUAAGUGCCAUACAAAGACCCAGAUUGGUACAGGCCUUGACGGGCAAGCAUAUUGUAAAGGUUACUUGUGGCUCGGCUCAUACCUUGGCUCUGUCAACAUCACAGCUGUCGGAGAGAGUCAGACCACCACCCAAUCCCCCGCUGGAAUAUGAUUUGGUAAGGGAUCUACCACCUGAAGCUCUGCAUGCCCGAUUAGUAUUAUUGCAUCACUUUUCGGAGUUGUUGUGCCCUUGUUUGGCCAUGUUACCCAUAGCAGGUGAUCUCAGUUUGGGUGCCCUAAAAGAUGUAUUGGUUUACACCAUCAAAGAGGCCGCCUUCCGCAAAGUCAUACAAACCACUAUGGUGAGAGAUAAACAACAUGGUCCCGUCAUUGAAUUAAAUCGCAUACAGGUAAAACGUUCACGCAAUAAAUCGGUCAAUGGUUUGGCGGGUGUAGAUGGCAUGAAAAGUGUUUUUGGUCAAAUGGUGCAAAAGUUACCGCUACUAACACAAGAGGCUUUAUCCUUGCCACAUCGUGUUUGGAAAGUGAAAUUUGUGGGUGAAUCUGUGGAUGAUUGUGGUGGCGGCUAUAGUGAGUCCAUAGCGGAAAUGUGUGAUGAAUUACAAAAUGGCAGUGUGCCGCUGCUAAUAGCCACACCCAAUGGCCGUGGAGAGGCUGGAGCUAAUCGCGAUUGUUUCCUAUUGGAUCCCACUCUUACAUCGGUUUUACAAAUGAAUAUGUUCCGUUUUCUGGGCGUACUAAUGGGUAUUGCGGUUAGGACCGGAUCACCUUUAAGUUUAAAUCUUGCCGAACCCGUUUGGCGUCAAUUGGCCGGUGAACAGUUACGUCCUUCGGAUUUAACCGAAGUCGAUCGUGAUUACGUGGCCGGCUUGCUGUGCAUACGCAACAUGGACGAUGAUCCCAAGGUAUUCAAUACCUUAGAACUGCCCUUCACUACUUCCUCUGCCAAAGGCCAUGAAGUGCCACUCUCAACACGCUACACACGCAUAACACCACAAAAUCGCCAGGAAUAUGUGCGUUUAGCUUUAAAUUUCCGUUUACAUGAAUUCGAUGAACAAGUUAAAGCCGUACGCGAUGGCAUGUCCAAAGUAAUACCCGUCCCUCUACUAUCAUUAUUCUCUGCCGCCGAACUGCAAGCCAUGGUCUGUGGUUCACCCGAUAUACCAUUGGGUCUCCUUAAAUCCGUAGCAACCUAUAAGGGUUUCGAUCCCAAUUCUGCUAUUGUGCAAUGGUUUUGGGAAGUUAUGGAAGAGUUUUCUAAUCAGGAACGUUCACUUUUCUUACGUUUCGUUUGGGGUCGCACUCGCCUGCCACGCACAAUUGCUGAUUUUCGAGGCAGAGACUUUGUUUUACAAGUUUUAGAAAAAAAUCCGCCCGAUCACUUUUUACCCGAAAGCUAUACCUGUUUCUUUUUAUUAAAGAUGCCAAGAUACUCCUGUAAAGCCGUUUUAAUGGAGAAAUUAAAAUAUGCCAUACAUUUUUGCAAAAGCAUUGAUACUGAUGAAUAUGCCCGUGUUGCUAUGGGCGAUCCCACCGAAGCAACCGGCAGCGAAGAUAAUAGUGACUUAGAAUCAGUAGCAUCAAAUGAAGUUUAAAAAUGAUGAUCAAAACAAACAAAAAUCGAACAAACAAAUUAUUAUUAUACCAAAUAAACAAAAUAAAAUUUAGUAUUAAAUAUAAGAUUUUAAACAAACCCUACAAUAACAAUAAAUAAUAAUAACAAGUAGUGGACAAAAAAAAAACAACACUUUUUGGCCGUUAAGGAAACGCCAAUACUGUUUAAAUACACACAAAAACAACAAACAAAUGUUUUUGCAACAAAACACAAAAUUGCACUUUAAAAGAAUAAUGAAUUUUUGGUUUUUUAUAUAAAUUAUGGCCUUGUCUAACAACCAACCUCUUUUGAUGGCAGCAGCAAAAGGUUUGAUUUUAGCUUUGAAAUUGUAUUUUUCUCUGUAUUUCUUUAAUUCAUAUUUAUUAUUAUUUUUUUUAUAAAUUAAAAGUAUUUAUUUCUAUUAUCUAUAGCUUAGUAUUAUUACAUACUUUAUUACAUAUUUAUUUAAACAAAUUAUAAUGAAAUUAAUGUAAACAUUGUCUUCUUAUACUAUAUAGAAUCUAUUUAUGAAGUUUCCUUUUAAUGCUAAACAUUUAAUUUAAUUAAAACAAAACUAUAUUUGAAGAUUUUUUGUAAUUUUGUUUUCUCAAUAUAGAAACUACAAUCUUAGGUUUUAUUAAUUUGUUUUUUCAUUAGUUUCUUGAUAUACAUAUAUUAUAUACAUAGCUGUAUUAGUUUAGUAAUAUUAUUAAUAAUUUUAUGAUUUUUUUUUAUAUAAAUUAAACAAAUUUUUGUUACAGUUACUUUUUUUAUACAUAUUACAAAUAUCAAUUGUUUUUGAAGUAUUUUGGGCAAAUUGAAUUAUUACUCAUGCAAACAAAUAAAUGUAAAUUAAUGAAA